GAUGUCUGCCAACAGAGUAACUAAUACUUCAUUGUCAUUAACUUUACCGAUUUCCUGCCAGAUCUGCUUAGGAAAGGUUAAGGAACCGGUAGUUUGUCCGAACCAACAUGUAUUUUGCUCUCCUUGUCUUGAUCUAUGGCUCCGAACAAACCGUUAUUGCCCGACAUGUAGGACACCGAUUAACCACGAACAACCUUGCAAGAAGAUUUUAGGAAGUAUUGAUCUACAAGUGAACUCAGACUCAGUCACAAAAGCUGAGCUUCGGAGAACUAGACUUGAACUUAUAAGGAAGGAAUAUGAGGAUGACCUGGCAGCUUUACACAAUACUAUUGAAAGACUCAARGUAGAGAACAAAAGACUUCAUGAAAGACUAUCAGAACAAGAUAAAACCAUAUCAGCAUUACAUCUAUCGAUAAACCAUCAAGGUAAAGAUGGYGGUGGCUCUAAACCACCUACACCUGACCUAGACAUGCUACUCAAACUAACCUCAAAGCUACAAGAAGCAAGUGUUACAUAUGAACAACUGAAAGCUGAUAUGCAGAAGACAAGCCAGGACAAUAAGAGAUUACAAGAUGAAAACGACAACUUAGUAAGGGAAGURGGAAGAUUAAAAGAUGAGUCCUCGUUUGCUAAAUCACCUCAAAGGUUCAGUCACUACAGCAUGGCCGCCAUGCAGACMAAGAUAUCUCAGUAUGAAAAAGAAAUACAACAGUUAAAGAAAGCUCUUACAAGAAGUGAUGGCUAYAUUGAUGAACUGAACGCUAGAAUCGAGGGUCGAACMCCGGAUGGUCGUGAAAGAGCGUCUUCAUCAGCUGARUCAUGCCCAAAGCAGACAUCGACUAUAGAUGGUUCACGUCGCAGCUCUAGUGUKUCACUAGAAGGUGUUAAUGCUAAUAGUAGUUCACCACAGCAACUCGCCGACAACGGUGAAGAUAACGAAGACUCCAUUGCUGACUAUGAUCGACCAACAAUGGUGAACGUAACUAGUUUUCAGCCCGUCUCGUCAAGUCUGACCGGCACCACUAGCCAAACAACAGCUAACACGGACGACAUACUGGCUGCACCGCUUGCAGACGCGGCCAGUGCAAUAGAGGCUGCAGAUCAUUGGUUGAAAGCUGCGUCGAGUAAAACYGAGUCRGCGACUGGCAUAACUCCYCCUGAUGUAUUCUAUCCUGGUAGUGAUCUGGCAUCACAUCGCUUAGAUGCAAAGCUUGGAAUUGGUAGUACAGGGGGGGUUGAACGCUUCCCUGCCAGUAGGCAACUAAUGUUACUCAGUGAGCGAAUAUCUAGGCAGAGGGAAACGACAACUAAACUGGACUGUGUCCAAGGUGCGCCAUCGCCAUCWAGCUCAGACGGGGGGAAGGUUCCACUGCCUAAAACACUUGACUUCUCAGAUAUGAUGGGUGAAACCGGCUCGAUGAAUGGGGACUCUCCACGACUCACUCCAAGACUUGAUCGUCUUUCACCCAAUAUCUCAUACGACGCRAGUAACUCRCUCUCAGCCAUGGCAUCAUGUGCGUACACGAAGAUAAAGAGUGAAUGUCAAGAUCCUUCUGAUCCUACCUUGCAAGCAAAACGUGUCAAAUUGGAGAAGGAGGAGUCGUCAGGAUUCCAGUAAACAUGACUUUUCCUGGAAAUCAAAGAUGUGAGUGUAAAUUAUAGUAUAAAUAAGUGUUCGACACCAUAGACGCUCUUUGAAACUGCACCACUUUUAUCUAAACCAUCGUAUGCAACUUGCGCGUCUAACAUACGUACACAUGCAUCACUCAAUUUAUAAAAAGAUGAAAUCGUAUGGUACUUUUACCCUAAUGACGYUGGCGAGCUGCAAUAUGGGAUUGACGAAAGUAGAAACCAUGUUUCCGACAUGUUGUAUACAUUCAUUUUAAUUUUCUUCUAAAGCUUUUCGACAAUAGAUGAAGUAAAUUUCGCAAAGAAACUUCGUCAAACGUAGUUUUUUAUAGACAUUCUCCAUCUUGAUUCUUGUAUCAAUACCAUGAUGCACUUGGAUAAAACACACAUGACGUCAUUAGGGAARAUACUAUUGCAUGUCGGGAAGGUAGGUAAAAGUCGUGUAGUAGAAAAGAGCCUGACCAUACGUCUUAUCAUUGUAGUACAUAGAAUAUUAAAUUAUUWCAAUUGUUGUAGUUAUUUCAAAAUGUAAAUUAUAGUAACUUUACGAUUUGCGUUUGGAUAUAAGAUUGGAAAGUACGUAUAUAGGUAAAUGUGCUCUGUUUAUUAGUGGCGAAUUGACGAUCUUUUAUUAUAGAUUAAUAGAGAGAUUUAUUAUUGGUUUAAGAAGUCAACAUAUUGUACUAGUAACACUAUCAAUGGAACUAACACUAGAACCAGUACGUCACAACUGCUACCACAACAACAAUCCCUACAUUAUCACUACACAUUGUCACACAUUACUAAAUGAUGUAAGGCUUGUGAUUCACUACUUCACACACUAGUACUAGCACUACUACCAAUGCUAAUGAUACUAUUACUACUGACACAAGCACAACU